CACAGCUACCGUCCCCCGGCAACAUGAAGCACCCCCCCAGGCUUACCCCCCCUCUGGCCUCUGCCCCCUUGGGGGGACAGCAGUGCAGUGGGAGAGCCCCCCCAGCCUGGGGGGCCUGUGGGCAGCCCCCAACCCCUGCCAGAACCCCGCGGAGCCUCCACCUGCACCGCCAGGAGCGGGAAGCCUUCUUCAGCCUCCUGGAAGAUGACCUGGUGCAGGAGUUCCUCUCAACGGAUGUCUGCUAUAGGAUUUCUGAUAAGUACCUGCUGGCGAUGGCGCUGACGUACUUUAAGCGUGCUGGGCUGCCCACGGCCGAGUACACCCGCAUCAACCUCUUCACCGCUCUGUACCUGGCGAACGACAUGGAGGAGGACGAGGAGGAGCACAAGUAUGAGAUCUUCCCCUGGGCACUGGGGCCGAGCUGGCGCCGGCUCUUUCCCCGCUUCUUGCGCCGCCGCGACUGCCUCUGGGCCCGCAUGAGCUACCGGGCAGCCGUCAGCCGGCACUGCUGCGAGGAGAUCAUGGCGAUGGAGCCCUCGCACUGGGCCUGGCUGCGCGAGCGCCCCCCGCACCACAGCGGGGCCGCCCGUGGCUAUGUCAGGGACCCUCGGCCCCGCACUCCCCCGCCGGCCCCCUGGGAGGAAGAGGAGGAGGAAGAUGAUGAAGAGGAUGAAGACAAAGCCCCGGCGCCUGCCGUCCUCAUCCUCCCCCUGCAGCCCCCCCCCGGCUGCGCCUAAACCUGCUGAGCGCCCAAAAUUUGGGGCAUGACGGACUCAGGGCCGCAUUCCCCACGUUUUUCUCACAGUUUGCCCAAAAUUUGGGCUUUUAAACUCAAAAUCCAGUCUGCUCCCUGAGCCGCUCACACGCGGAGCUAACUUGGCCAUUUUUGGGUGUUCUCCCCUUAUUUUGCCCGCUUUUCCAAAGAAUCGAACCCCAAACCCUUUGUUGUAAGCACCACCUGCAGCUGUUGCUACCCCCACACCACAACUGACACCCAUUUUUGCUGUUUGUCACCCCCCAAGCUCCCCCCUUU